AUGAGUUCAACCAGUUUAACCAGUAGUAUUUCAGAACAAACAUUUGAAGCAACAUUAACAAAACCGAAACUUUUUUUAUAUCUCACAAAAUUUAUUAAACUCCCAAAUGUGGAAGAAGUCUUUUUAACAAUUAAUGAAAGGGGUAUUAUGUUACAAUGUGGUCGAGUUAGGGUUAACCGAAUGUGUGCUUUUAUUAGUUAUAAAAAUUUUGAUACUUAUUACCUAACCAACCUAACCGAAUUACAUGUUACAAUAUUAAGAAAGCAACUGGAAAAAAUAUUAUCUUCAUAUUCGGAAGCAGAUAAUAUACGUGAUAUUGACAAUGAUAUAAUGCCAGAUACAAUAGAUAUAAGAAGAGAGAAUGCUCUUGGCGUAAUUACAUGGAAAUUUAAUUUUCUUUCAGAUAAUUUAACUGUAAUAAUUAAUCGAGAUAAUGACUUUCGUUGUAAUUUCCCUUUGGAAAUUAUUUCAGCCAAUCCACUUGAGGUUUUUACUCCUCAAGAACAUAAUUUAUUAUUGAAAAUAGAUAUACGAGGUCAUAAAUUUAAAAGUUGGUUCGGAAAUGUACUUAAUUGUAAAAAUAAAUUUAGAUUUCAAAGUUCAUCACAAGGUCUUUUGGCUACGUUGUCAAGACCACGUCGACCUUCUGGUCGAUACGGAUUCGAGAUAGGAAUAUCAGAAGAUUCUGUUGUGGCUAAUUAUUCACAUGAUCGUCAAGUAUUUGACUUUUGGUACUACGAAGGGCAUAUCACUCAUGGUUUCUAUAACUCUGUGAUUGAUGAUGGGUGUGUCAGUAUUGAAAUUUAUGAUGAUGGAAUUUUACGUUUUCUAAAUAGAAAGAUCAAAGAUAUGUUUGAUUUUAGAGCCGGGUUUAUGUUAGAGCUCAUCAUUUAUCCUGCUGCCUCGGACGAGUAA